GGAGCGGCGGAGCGGAGCGGCGGGCCCCACCGGCAGGCCCGGACCCCGACCCGGACCCCCACCGUCGCGGCCAUGGCCUACGCCUAUCUCUUCAAGUACAUCAUCAUCGGGGACACAGGUGUUGGGAAAUCAUGCCUAUUGCUACAGUUUACAGACAAGAGGUUUCAACCAGUACAUGACCUUACUAUUGGUGUAGAAUUUGGUGCUCGAAUGAUAACUAUUGAUGGAAAACAGAUUAAACUUCAGAUCUGGGACACAGCUGGCCAGGAGUCCUUCCGUUCCAUCACAAGGUCAUACUACAGAGGGGCCGCAGGGGCCCUACUAGUGUAUGAUAUUACAAGGAGGGACACCUUCAACCAUUUGACAACCUGGUUAGAAGAUGCUCGCCAGCAUUCCAAUUCCAACAUGGUCAUUAUGCUUAUUGGAAAUAAAAGUGAUUUAGAAUCUAGAAGAGAAGUGAAAAAAGAAGAAGGUGAAGCUUUUGCACGAGAACACGGACUUAUCUUCAUGGAAACUUCAGCUAAGACUGCCUCUAAUGUAGAAGAGGCAUUUAUUAAUACAGCAAAAGAAAUUUAUGAAAAAAUCCAAGAAGGAGUCUUUGAUAUUAAUAAUGAGGCAAAUGGCAUUAAAAUCGGCCCUCAGCAUGCUGCUACUAGUACAGCGCACCCAGGCAAUCAGGGAGGACAGCAGGCUGGUGGAGGCUGCUGUUGAGCCUAUUUUUACUUUCUAGCCACCUGGCGGGGGCCUACUAACUUGUUCUUUCACUCCUUCCCCCUCCUUUCCCCUCCCCUCUACUGCUCAGCUGAGACAUGAAGCUAUUGUGAAAUGGCUUUCUGUCCCAGAAGAAGACUUCACCCUUUAAAUUCUUGUAUAACUUUGAAUAAAUGGUUAAUGUUCACUUAAGACAGAUUUUGGAGAUUGUAUUCAUAUCUAUUUGCAUUUGAUUUCUAGGUCAAUUGAUGUGAUUAUUUUUGUUAAAUGUUGUCUUGUGCCCUUGACUACAAACUGAAUUGUAUUAAACACUACAGAGUCACCUGAGUAUUUUAAAUCAGUUUGUGUAGCUAGGUUUCCAGUUCCUGCGGAUUACCUGAUGUUGAAUAUUGUAGAACUGUCCUCAAAAGUUUUGUCAGUUUUCACGGCUAAAAAGAAAAACAGAAGGACUCUUUUAAUUCUGUAUUUAUCAUUUACUUUCUGUAUAUAUAGUUUAAUAACCUGCUUGGGUGUAUUGCCAAGCUAAAAUUCUUUAAUGCAUUUGCAUAAAUUCUCUACCGUUUAGAGCUUGAAGAUUUCAGAAGCUUUGUUAGGAAUCGCUUGGAUGCUGAAUUUUAAACCUUUUUGACAGUUAGCAUGUUCAUCUUUCUCUUGUCACUAUCCUCAAGUUCAAGAAAAGUGCUUAAUGUAUAUUACUAAAGGCUACAUGUGUUUAAACCUGUUUAAAUGCCAAAUGUUUGCUGUUUUUUCCACAAUUCCCCCCCAACUCUUCUUCAGAAAUAGAUUGUUGUUUGCCUUAAUGAAUUCUAGAGGUUAAAAUACAGUGUAAUGAGAGAAAACCACAACAGGAAUAAAUAUCUAUAUUCAGACAGCACCAAGAGGAAGAAAUAACCUUAUUCUAAUGGCAUAUUAUGACGACUUUAAUCGACUCUUAAAGUAAUGUUUUGUGUUCUCAUUUAUCCACUUGAAUUCUAGGUCUAUUUUUCUUGCAGGACAGUUUUUCAAUCUAGAUGUACAGUGACUGUGUAAAGUCUUUCUUUUAGUGGCAACCUGUAAUCUUUAGUAUAUGAUAAGCAUCUUGUCUGUUUUGAAGGGGGUUGUGACAGUAAAACUACCAGGUGGAAAAUCCACCCCCCACACUCAAAAAAAAAAGCCAAAAGUGGAAAAAUUUUGGUAGUUUACUCAACGUGGUGUUUUUAUCCUCUGUCUUCACACCCCUCCUCCUCCUACUUUCACCCUUCCCUUGGACCUAUACUAAAAUGAUUACGACAGUGCAAAAUAAAAUCCUAUAUAUAAAAGUA